AUGGGUGUCCUUGCAUCUAAACCCGACCUGAACCUCUACGUCAAUGGCAGGCUGAGGGCGGGGCUUCAGGGCCCGGGGACAAAUGGACACCAGGGGACAGGGCUGCAGGGGCCGGGGACACAUGGACACAAGGGGACAGGGCUGCAGGGGUCGGGGGCACACGGACACCAGGGGACAGGGCUGCAGGGGCCGGGGACAAAUGGACACCAAGGGCCGGGGCUGCAAGGGUUAGGGGCACAUGUACACAAGGGGCCGGGGCUGCAGGGGUUCGGGGCACAUGGACACCAGGGGACAGGGCCGCAGGGUCCAGGGGGACAUGGACACCAGGGGGCGAGGCCUGUUUCUGACGGACAGCAGAGAGGACGGACGGCUCCGUGGGACUCUUAUGGGACGGGUCUGGGAGGCAGAGUCAGCCUGAAACCCUGUCCACACCCAGAGGACCGUGGGCGGAGUCCCUACAGGCCCCGCCUCAGCCUGUGGAGUGAGCCAAUCAGAGAGACCUACAUCGGCUCUGUGACAGCUUGUGAUCGAAGUGGGGAAGGGGGCGAGAGUAGGAGCACCAAUCAGAACAUGCCGGCCACAAACCUGCCAAUCAACCCCUACCCCCCCCAGCAGCUGGCCACACCCCUCUCCAGAUCCUUCUCGUCUCCUCAGAGCGUCAGGCUCAACAGCGCGCAGGCAGAGCAGACUCUAAACCACAACCAGAGCUUGAGCAGGGAGGAGCAGGGAGGGUCUGCAGCCAAGCCCCACAGAGACCACCAGGUCACAGAGAGGAACCGUGUGGAUCCGAAGGCUAAGAGCUCAAAGACAACAGCUGAGAGCCAGGCCCCACCCCCCUCAGGCAGCAGUGAUGGACAGGUCAAACAGCCAAUGAGAGCAGAGGUUUACAGCGACUACAAUUCACAUCCUGAACGUGUCAGCAGAGAAGAACCAGCACGUCUUUCUCUGCGUCGUCUUUUCUCCAGCGUCAGACUGAGCACGACUCGAACUGGCAGCCUCGACCGCCUCUGCUCAUGGCCCAGUCGCUCAGAGUCUGGCCCCGCCCCUCCAGAGUCUUCCCCCGCCUAUUUUGAGUAUGGCCCCGCCCCCUCUGGAUCGGUUUCCUCCUCCAGCCUGCUGAGGAAAACACCGUCUGUUCAGUCGCUCAGUUUGGUGUCCCCCUUCCUGAGGCGGUCUUCAUCGGUUCAGAGUUUUUUGUCGGAACAGAAGAAGAAAAAGAAGCUAGAUUGUUCUGCUGACUACAGACCAGCUGCUGACCACUGUCUGCAGCGGUGUCUGAAUGUAAAGGACGUUGGUCGUCCGUCUUCGGUUUGUCCGGUCAGUCGAGUUCUUCAGGUUUCUGCUGAUGGGUCGAUUGUGUUGGAGCUCAGCCAAUCAGAGAGCAGCAGGUUGGAGCUCAGCCAAUCAGAGAGCAGCAGGUUGGGCAUCAUCAUCAGCCGGGGGAGAGGACGAGGUGUGUAUGUGGAGGACAUGGUGGACAGCGGCACAGAGAAGUUGUAUGCUGGCCUGCUGGCUGUGGGAGACGAGAUCCUGGAGGUCAACGGGGAGAAAGUGUCUUGUCUGAGUCUGGACCAGGUGACCCAGCUGCUUACCGAGAAGCCCUCUGCUACAGUCCGGCUGCUCCGGCACCGCAGGACGCCUCCAUGCUGAACAGACCCAGUACAACCACCUGACCACCAAAACAACCAGAAGGACCAGAACGCUGAUUGAGCAAAGCGGCAGGACCUGAUCCGCUGGACACUUAGAGAACCAAGUGAACCGAAAAGAAACUUAAACCUCACGGCCGGAAACUUCUGAGCUGCUUGUGGUCUAACCCCAACCAGAUCCCAGACCCUUGGGCUAACUUAUUAUUUGUGUUUUCACACUGCACUUUGUCUUCUUCUCAAACAUUAGCAACACUGAGGUUAGCGUUAACCUAAUCUAUUUACCUAAUCUAAUUUAUUUUGUCUGCAGUAUUUUAGUCUGUGCAGUUCUCCUGGAUUAUGUUUAUAUUUUGUGACAAAAAUAAAGAAAUGUAGACCUGAA